AUGGCAAAAGACCCUGAUUUGAAACCAAUUCAUCCCGGAGAAAUCUUAAAAAGUGAGUUCUUGGAACCUUUAAAUAUGAAAGGGGAAGAAUUAGCCAAAAAUCUCCAAGUAAAAAAGUCAAUUAUUAGGGAAUUAUUGGCGGAAAAAAGGAGAAUGACCGUGGAUUUAGCCUAUCGUCUUUAUUUUUAUUUUGGCGUAACAAACGACCUUGAUUAUUACCAAAUACUAGAAAUAGACAAAAACGCAACCCAAGAGGAAAUUAAAAAAUCCUAUAAGAAACUAGCCUUAAAAUGGCAUCCUGAUAAAAAUCUUAAUAACCAAAAAGAAGCCGAAACCAAAAUGAAAGAAAUCAACCAGGCUUAUGAAACAUUAUCAGACCCCCAAAAGAGAAAAGAAUAUGACUCAAAGCAAAAUGAUAAAAACAACCAUUACCCAAACUCCAAUCCUUCAAAAGACGGCAAAAAUAGCGGAGCAAUAGCUUGA